CAUUAAUGGACUGUGGUGCACGAGUCGUUCGUAAAGUCAAAGGAUAUUUUUUUCUCUGGAUAUUUAGCGAGAUCGUACUUAUCAUAUUACCUGAUGGCGCGAUCAGUUAACCAUGGAGAAGUUUAAAGAUGUGUCUUAUAAACGGCUAGAAGAAGGAAAAGGCAAAGACAACACCGAUAUGCGUCGCUUGAAAAGGGUGGUGGUGAUACUGGUGAUAGCGUGUGUAGCGUUGCUGUGUUUCGUCGCGUAUUCGGUUGGAAUAAAGAGUUCCCCGGACGUGGAACAGACAGAACAGUCUGGCCAGAACGUUGGGGCAGUUGGAGUGGUACAACAAGCGGGAGAGAGCAUAGAAAAGGAUGAUCAACAGAAGGAUGGGCUACAGAAGAAUGUACAACAGAAGGAAGGGCUACAGAAGGAUGUACAACAGAAGGAUGGGCUACAGAAGGAUGUCGAGGAACCCGGAGAGCUACACGAACCCCAACUCGUUCCUUCAGAUUCAAACGGGUCAAAUGAAUGGCAUGAGCAUGAUUCCUCGCGGAAAAAUACCAAUGCCCAAACUGCCACUCCUAACAAGUCUCAGAAUCUGACAGCUGCUAACGCUCAGGCCGAUCAGAAUAAGACACGGGAACAGUAUAUUAAAGAAAUUAGAGAAGAUUUACUCAAACUUAAACAUCAAAUGAAGGCUAAGGGCAAACAAGCGGAAGUAACCUCACCGAAACCGAGACCUACACGUCCUUCUACGACUAGUUAUCACAUGCCUAAGAAUGUUUCAUUGCCAGCAGAUCCGCAUCCAGAGAUAACUAAACAACAACUCCACGCUCGACUCAACAUGGUCUUGUCUGACAUCAGGAACGACAUUGGCGAUAGAAGGUCUUUGCAGGCGACACUGCAGUUCCUUCAGCGAGCUAUCCAGGUCAUUGAGCAGAAGGAGCUUGCUGCGGAUCUUGCGGCGGAGGGACAGACCCUUCCCACACUACCCCCAGGCUGGAAGGAAUUUACGACCCCCACCUUCAAGAACCCCCGUGUUAAAGACAUGAUGAAGACACUGAGGACGACACCGCAUAAGCUCGACAAGUAUGACCUUGCCAAACAAUACGAAUGGGACUUCCGGUGUGUGUUCCUCAAGGUGCCAAUGAAGCAUGAGCCAAUGAUUUGCAUCAAUGAUCCCGAGUUUGAUAAACCGAUGUCCAGUUCCCUGGCCGAAACUGGACAAUAUGAAGCUAAAAUGGUUGGGUUCUUCCUUGAGAUUCUUCACUCGGAUAUUACGUUACAAGCAGUAGACUUAGGAGCCAACAUUGGGUUGUAUAGUUUAGCAGCGGCCGCCAUCGCCAGACCCGUGUUGGCAGUAGAACCAAACGUACAAAAUAUUCGCCCUUUCCACAAAUCAGUCAAAAUGAACGGGUUCCAAAGGCUGGUGACGCUCGUCACAAACUGUCUGUCCGACCGAUACAAACUCGUGCAGCUAGUCUACAACAAGAUGGGUAACCUUGGUGAUACGAAAACUGUCGAGGUUGUAGAAUCGAUGCUGAAGAAUGAUAUCGUUUCCGCUGAGGAUGUCGUGCGGACCGUCGAACUGGAUGACCUUAUUCCGGCCAUGACCUUCAAGAGAGCAAUUGUCAAGGUCGAUGUCCAAGGUGACGAAGUCCGGAUGUUCCGUGGUGCGCAGAUGUUCUUCAAAAAUAUUCACGUGCGUUACGUACUAAUGCAUUGGUUUUACAUGGACGAUCCAGUUGGAUAUAACUAUAUUUACGGAUUUCUGAAAGACAGAAACUAUUUGCCUAACUACUCCCCACACGGGAGGGUCAUCAGUGAGGAGGCCAUGAAGGAAGACCAAUCAAUCGUUGUAUGGAUCAAAUUCUGACCAGCCCUCUCGUUCAAUGGAUGUGUCACUGUGUGAAAUGUUGAAUAAAUGUGUUCCUGUUGCAAGAAUUCGUCAAUUCAUGGCAUGAAGGAUCCCAAGCUGGAGGGAUAUUGACAGACAGUUCACGGAAUGGUGUAUUUUGCAGAAGAAUUCGUCACCACUCGGCCCUUUCAGUAACUGCAGGGAACAUCGAUCAAUGUUAUGAUUGUUAUGAUUUUGCGAAAAAACGGCUAUCUAAUGUCAUUUAGCGUAUCGAUAAAAGUCCUUUGGACAAUUACCCACUCCUUAAUAUUUUGUGUUUAUAAACGCAGAUUGUAUCUUUAUAGCAAAGUGACAGUCACAAGGGUUUCACCACUUUACAUACAGAGUGGUAAAUGGAAAUUGUGUUCUAUUUAAAGAAUACUCACGUAACUUAUCUAUAGGUUCAUGUGGCACAACAAUUUGACUAUUGUUUUCGCUAUGUUCGUUUGCGCUAGGGGCG